AUGGUGACCUCCUGCCCCACGAGUCCCGCCGCCCGGGCCAGGAGGCGGGACAACGACCAGAACCUCCGCGCCCCGGUGAAGAAGAGCAGGCGUCUGCGCCUCCGAAGGAAGGAACCGCUUCAGCCCCUGAACUCGCUCCCGCUUCUUGGAGACUCUGGCGUUUGCGACUUGUUCGAGUCCCCUAGUUCUGGCUCGGAUGGCGUAGACAGCCCCGCGGCGUCUGCGGCGCGGGACUGCGGCCUCCUGCCCGGCCCUGCCCGGCCAUGGGCACAGCUAGACCUACAGACCUUCCGCGACUAUGGCCAGAGCUGCUACGCCUUCCACAAGGCGCGGGAGAGCCACUUCCAUCCGCGGGAGUCGCUGGCGCAGCAGCCACAAGUGACCGCCGAAUCCCGCUGUAAACUGCUAAGCUGGCUGAUCCCUGUGCACCGCCAAUUUGGUCUCUCCUUUGAGUCGCUAUGCUUGACUGUGAACAUUCUGGACCGCUUCCUCAUCACCACACCGGUGGCUGCAGACUGCUUCCAGCUACUUGGAGUCACUUCCUUACUCAUCGCUUGCAAACAGGUGGAGGUACAUCCGCCACGCGUGAAGCAGCUACUGGCAUUGUGCUGCAACACCUUCUCGAGGCAACAGCUCUGCAACCUCGAGUGCAUCGUGCUGCACAAGCUGCACUUCAGCCUGGGCGCGCCCACCAUCAGCUUCUUUCUGGAGCAUUAUACGCACGUGCGAGUGGAGGCGGAGCAGGCGGAGGUCUCAGAGGCCCUGGAGGCACAAACUCUGGCGCAGGGGAUGGCGGAGCUGAGCCUAGCGGACUAUGCCUUCACUAGCUACUCCCCCUCCCUCCUGGCCAUCUGCUGCUUGGCGCUGGCGGACCGCAUGCUUCGGCUCCCAAGUCCGGUGGACCUGCUCCUCGGCGAGCACCCAGAGGCGGCGCUGCAGGACUGCCUGGGCAAGCUGCAGCUACUGGUGACCAUCAACGAGGCCUCCUUGACUCACAUGCUGCCUCUCCAGAUUUGCGAGAAGUGCAGCCUGGCCCCGAGCUUGAUUAAAGCAGUCCCUUGA